CUUAAAACUGCCUCCUUGCCUCUAACAAAAAAACCCAAAGCUAUGAACUCUUUUGUUUUUUUGUCUGUUUCGGCACUGUGGAUGUCUGUGUGCUCAUAAAACACAUAUCUGGAGAGUACGCAAGCACUGCAACGUCGCAGAAGAAAACGUGUUCUGCUUCGAUUUGGACCUUUGUGUAGAUCGUCUGCGAGUUUCCCAUGGGCUGAAGAAAAUUCAGAAUUCUAUCCUUGGUGAUUUGAAUUUGAUUGAAAAUCUAUCUUCUUGAUUAGAUCAUUUCUUGCUGAUUUAUUGUUCAUUAUUAUUAAAAUUUUAUCCCAAACUCCAAUGUUUCAUUGGCAACAAAUUUGAACGUGUUCAUGUUAGAAACUUCGUAAGGUCCACAAGAUGUGGGAUGUGUAGGUAAUGGAUUGUGAGAUACAGUUCAGAGGAAAAGGGAUUUUAUAAUUUUUUAUUUGUAGAGCUAAGACAUUAAAUCAGACAGAUAUGAAAAUCAAGCGAGGCCAAAAGAAAAAACAAGAAAAAAUGACCUUAAAGUUGCACAUUUUCUUUAUAAUAAAAUACAAUGUACAUGUAUCAUUUGACUGAAUUAGACAAAAAUAGUUAUUUUUAAAAUUAUUUAAAUUUGCAAGUAACUUGCUUACAAAAAGCCUUAAGUGUCAUUGAAAUAUAGGAAACCCUGGAAAACUUUAUAAGUGAAAUGAACCGUGUUCUUUGUCCCCUAAGUCUUCAUAUCCACCAAUAUAUGUAAAUUACAACCAUGUGUGGUGUGGUGCAGGUCUGGUGUCAGACAGGAUGUUACCAUCUGGCUGUCUGUGCCCAGAUAACACCUAGUUGUACAUACCCUCCCCCACCUUAAUACAUGACUGAGUUACUACAGAACUGUCCUCUCCUAGCCUCUUCCUUCCCUCACUUCUGUGGCUGCUGCUCCUGGAAAAACCUGUCUGACCCAGUUUCUUCCUGGCUUUCUCUUUAAGCUUCAAGAAAAACUUUAGUUUGGAGCAGUCAGCAGUAUUGUGGUGCUGUAUCUGAAGGCUUGUCAGAGGAAAGUGAACUGGUUUUCAGUCCAGCUGAUGCAGUGUACGUGUACAUGCAUAUGUGUUUUAAGAGACGUGCAAGAUUUGCUUACAUGUACAUGUAUGUCUCUAUUUGUCCCUUUGCUCUCACUGAUUUUGAGCGGAUAAUAUUUUGGUAAGAAAAAGUGUAUGUACUUUACUGUCAAUAAUGAAUUUUUAUUUAUGUGCAACUUCUUGUUUGGUUACAGCAGAUUUUGCGAUUUUGAAUUCUUUCUGUGAUACAUAUACACAUGUUGUGGAAUAGUAUUUUCUGUUGGUCAUCCAACUAAACGUACUUGUAAACGUGAGGCGCGUUAAACAGCAAUCAGAUAAAUAAAUGUAAAUGGAAUUCAGCUUCAUUUAAUAGAAAAAUAGAAACUUAUGUUUGUGCAUUAAACAAAGUACUGAAUAUACAGGUACAUUUUCCAAACGACAUCAAACUGUACACAGGCUGUUGUUGAAUUCUAAUGGAUUCGUUUUCCUGAUCUCAAGUAUGAAUGCAAACAUACAUGUGGACAGCAAUAAACCAGUCAGAUUGGCUUAUAGCGUCACUUUGAACCACCGGCUUUACGCUCCUGAUACCCACAACUGUGGAAGGGUGUUGGCUCGAUCCAGAUGGUUGCUCUGCCGAUCACCAACUCCCCCGUCAAGCUCUCCCCUCAGACUCACAUGGUGGGCAGGUCUGCCUCCUCAGGACAACAGAGGGUGGUGUCCCUUAGCAGCCAUAUGGGUAUCCCCACCAGCCCCCGGGCACAGCUCAUCCCCAUGAUAGACAGUGCUCAGUGGCAGCAGGCGAGGAAGAGACCCCCAGACCUAACCAUAGAGGCCGACUUCUCAGACGGAAAACGUGGGAAAAAGGGUGAGAAAGGGGGCAAAGGCUUGCGGCACUUCUCCAUGAAGGUGUGCGAAAAGGUACAGAAGAAGGGUGUGACAUCGUAUAACGAAGUGGCUGAUGAGUUAGUGGCCGAAUUCAGCGACCCAAGGAAUUUAAGUUCUCCCACAGAUCAGGCAUAUGAUCAGAAAAACAUUCGCAGGCGAGUGUAUGACGCGUUGAACGUGCUAAUGGCCAUGAACAUUAUAUCAAAAGAAAAGAAGGAAAUACGCUGGAUAGGGCUGCCUACAAAUUCUGCUCAGGAGUGCCAAAACCUGGAGGUGGAAAAACAGAGGAAGUUGGAGAAAAUAAAGCACAAAACACAGCAGCUGCAGGAGUUAAUUUUACAGCAAAUAGCAUUUAAAAACCUUGUACAGCGAAACCGGGAAGUGAAGAAAACCCAGGGAUCGCCAGCGGCCAACUCGGCCAUUCAGCUGCCUUUUAUCAUCGUAAACACGAGCAAAAAGACUGUGAUAGACUGUAGUAUAUCCAAUGAUAAAUAUGAAUACCUCUUUAACUUUGACAACACGUUUGAAAUUCAUGAUGAUAUAGAAGUGUUGAAGCGAAUGGGAAUGGCAUAUGGUUUGGAGAAAGGCCAGUGUUCAGCCCAGGAUUUGAACAAGGCAGUUCGGAUGGUCCCGGACACCCUCAAACCUUAUGUGCUAGAGUUGGCCAGCUCUAGCUCUCUGGCCCCCAGCUCCAGUGGUAUCCGGCCUCCCAGUGCUUCGUCCAGCCACCCUGAUCACUUGUACCGGUCGCACAAUCCUCAGUCUCCCCUGGCCACCCCAUUGGCUGGCCACUCCAGCGACAGCAUGGACAUGGAGGUCGCCAUGGCAACAGGGGCGGGGUUAUCCCGCCAGUCAAGUAUAGUGUCGCACUCGGAGGGUGCGUCGCGGACGGCCACAGAAACCCCAUCAGAGUACUCGGGGGAGAGCGAAUCUGAGCGCUCUAGUCCUGUUGACCUGAGCUAACUCUUGUUUUCUCACUCACUGACCAGACUCAUGCUGUUUUCCUCACAUCAGACCACAGACUGUGACUGUACUCCUAGAAAAUUCCUCACAUCAAACCAUCAGCUGAUAUUGUUCUUCUGACGAAUUCUGCCAGGUGUGACCUAUCGUGGUGCCACUUGUGACCCAACAUGAUGUCAGUUGUGACCGCAACAUGCCAGUUGUGACCCAACAUGUCACUUAGGACCUAUCAUGAUGCCACUUGUGAACCAACAUGGUGUCACUUGGGACCCAGCAUGAUGUCAGUUGUGACCCAACAUGAGGUCACUUGUGCUAGGUGUAGGUGUAUGACAAUCGGGUCUCUUGAUCAUGACUCGCCGCAAGUUCAGCUUGUUCUUCCAAAGAACUCCAUGCAUCUCUGUUGUGCAUCAUUAGAAUGGAAGCACUUUCGAAGAGUUUUCCUUCGUUUAAUCCGGCAUUGAACUUAGGUUCAAGUACAAAUUUUGGACACCCUGUUUUUUUUUCACUGAAACGUUUAGAGAAACAGGAUACCGCUUCUGGUGUUCUAAUCUAAGAGAGGUUGUUCUUUGGAACAAGGACCAGCCUCCUCCAGAUGAUGAAGUACACACCUGGCUUCAAUGGCGAACCUGUAAAAUAAUGAGCAAGGCCUUGAAUGAAGGGACGGUUAACGCCUGAAAUUUUGUGUUCCGUGAACACCGUGAUGUUGUGCUGGUAGAUUGUGCACUAAGGAAAUUUUUAUCUACUGUAUGAAGAAGUGACACAAAUUUCAUAAAGAAGUAUGCAAAUUGAAGCUCCAGGAAGUUUGUCCAUACAUAUUGUGUGUCUUGUUGAGAGGAUUACCAAGUCUUCUGGGCCAUCCGUGGAAGGCUUAAGUAUUGUUAUGGCAGAGCUCCAGAGAAUGUACGACACACAGAAAGAUUUGACGACUUUCUUGAUGGCACUUGCGUGUGUCAACUUUGUAUCCAUAGGGAUUAUGUGUUCACAGGGAUUUAGAAAACAGUUGUGUGAAGUCAUGCAGCUUAGCAGGAUAUGUGAAUUCAGAGCCCAUAGAGUUGACAAGACUUCCUCGGUGGACAUGUAUGGGACAUUUCAGGAGGUGAUUUGGACGUUCACCCGUCGACUGUCGCAUUAUUACAUAUUUCAGACUAAUACGAGCUUAUUGACAAUACUUCAGGCUCUGUAAUUUCAAAAGUAGAGUAAUUUUUACAGUCAUCAGUAGCUCACCAUAACCAUUUUUGUAUUUCUAAAUGCAUUUAAGAGGAUUUCACACAGAUUUCCGUGGUGUCUUCAUUUCAGACAUGCCAUCUAAGGUUCAUAGGACAUUUUCAAAUGAGUUUACCCUUCCGCAGUACAGUAUUGAUUUCAAGGAUGCUAGGAAAGACAGCAUCAAUCAGUUCACGAUGAUUUUCCCUUCAAAAAGCUCCUGCUGCAAAAGUAUAGUUUCCAUGGAUUCGUUUCUAUCGUUACUAUGCCAUGUGUUUAUACAUGUAGCUUGUCCCCAUCUGCCCUUUUUCUCAUUGUACAAUUUCACCUCACAUUUUACAUAAAAUGCCUGUUAGAUACGUGUACAUGUCUUUUAAUUGCAUACCAAGAUCAUGUGAUAGACCAAACUCCCUCUAUAUGCAUAUACAAACUGUCUUCAUUCAUAGGAGAAUGCACCUCGCAGUUGUGUUCACAUCAAAUCUGUUCUCACUGUAAAGUGUUUUCAAAGUUAGCUGAAGAGUUUGUUUUGAAGUAAGUUUGUUAAGAAGUAAGUUUAUGUUUAGACUGAGUAGGAUCACUGAUUGACGUCCAGUUUGAUGCAGCUGGCCUAUUCAUGUUUACUACCAGAUAUGACUUGGGUGGAUGUACACCCGAAUAUGUUUGUAUCAACAGAGUAAACAUUAGAUCUCCAGCCUCCAGAAUCAGCCAGAGUUGACCCAGCUCUCAGUUAGCGAGUUACAUCUUAUGGUGGUUGAAAAAAAUUUUUUGUCCCUGCUAAGGAAUGCUCUUUC